AUGAGGCCUUUCGGCAUCCCGCCUCCCUGUCCUCCAAUGCCUUGUUACUUUGAUGCACUAUUAGUCGACAAGUGCUCGGCGGUGGAAUACACUUGGUCCAGAGCCUUGCAGGUUAGGAUACUACCACUGGAAGACCUUGCGGUACCCGGAACGGUAGCGCCCGGACGGACUGAUGCCCUGAUUGAUCUUGCAGGGCAGGAUGGCGAUGAGGCGAGGUGGCGCAAACAGGUUGUGCGGCGCGGGGGCGCUGAGUCAACGACCCGGCCCCAGUUGGCAGAGCGCUAUGCACCCGGAGGAUCCCAGCUGACAGGCGGCACAGUUCCCUCCUUCUCACAUCUAGUCCUUGUGCUCUAUUUAUCUGCUCGGCUUUAA